AUGGCUACUCGUACCUUCUACGUCUUCAGCACGGCCGUGGCCACCGACAUCUCGCAGGUGGCAGCGGCAUCCGGGUGCCUCCUGCUGCGCCGGCCGCCGCCCCCGGGCACGGGCACGGGCGAGGGGGCGCUCGUCGACGUCGCCGCGGCCGGGGAGCGUGACGAACGCAGGGGCGCCGCGCCCGUCGUGCUCGACGGCUCGCCGCCGCCAAUCGUCCUCGUCCACGGCAUCUUCGGCUUCGGCAAGGGGGUACGGUACCGAAACUCUGUCCCGGUUUUCUUCUCUCGCGCUUCCGGGCGGGGCGGUGGCCGGUGGGUGUUCGGUGAAAUGCCGCGGCGGCAGUUUUGCUCACGUGUUUUCCCCAUCUUUGCUUGCUUCCCCGCGCAGAGGCUCGUGGGGCUCUCCUACUUCGCCGGCGCCGAGAAGAAGGACGACCGCGUGCUCGUGCCGGAUUUGGGGUCGCUCACCAGCAUCCAUGACAGGGCGCGCGAGCUGUUCUACUACCUCAAGGGUGGGCAGGUGGACUACGGCGAGGACCACAGCAAGGCUUGUGGCCACACACGGUUCGGCAGAAUCUAUCACACAGGGCACUAACCUGUGUGGGAUGACCAGAGCCCGGUGCACUUUGUUGGGCAAUCGGCCGGCGCAGGUUGUGAGUAGCCCUGUUCACCGGGUUGGUGCCAAUCCGUGAAACCCGCCAAACCAGCCUGUGGAAACCAGCUACUCAGGCCAUCUGGGUUGGGCUAAACCGUGAUGGCUAAAUCGUGAUUUAGACCAAUAAACCUGUCUAACAGGAGGCUCAUUAGCA